GUGGAGUAGGACAAAUUUACCAUGACCGGGGGGUGGACCGGAGAAGCGGGGGAUGUCAUAUCAUGAGACAAGUGUCCCAGCCCAUCUCACCCAACAAGCGCGUAUUAUUCUUGUCUGGUUCGCCAACUCGCCCAUUUAAUAGCUUCGAUCUUCCCAUCGUGCCAAGGAUUGCUGAAUCUCAACUGUGACACUGACAUAUCCCACUGAAAUGUCGCUCGAACAACUUUCGUCGAACAAGCACUACGAGGGGACGCUCGCAAAGUACAAGUUUAGAUCUGCUGCUCUGGGCGAUACAUAUACCCAGUUCAAUAUCUUCCUUCCCGCCAACGCUGCUCAGGGGAAGGUUCCCGUCCUUGUUUACCUUGCGGGACUGACCUGCACGGAGGAUAAUGGGGCCCAGAAAGGCAGCUUCAUGCGCGAUGCGGCAGCUCAGGGCAUUGCACUGCUCUUCCCCGACACCUCCCCGCGCAACGCAGGUAUUGAGGGUGAAGAUGUAGAUUGGGACUUUGGCAGUGGUGCUGGCUUUUACCUGAACGCAACGAAUCCCAAGUGGUCGAAGCAUUACAAUAUGCUCAACCAUAUUACUCAAGAGCUCCCCCAGGUGCUCCAAAAAGCAGGCUUGCCUCUCGACUUCACACGCCAGUCAAUCUUUGGACACUCGAUGGGCGGACACGGAGCGCUGACGCUGUACCUCGCGUCACUGUUAUCAGGGACGAAGCAAUAUCGUAGUGCAUCUGCGUUUUCACCAAUCUGCGAGCCGUCCGAGGUGCCGUGGGGGACGAAGGCAUUCUCUGGGUAUCUUGCAGGUGGUGUUGCGGAGGGGAAGGACCGAUACGAUGCAACAGUCAUGAUCGGGAAGGUGAAAGGGGCGGUGAAUAUACUUGUGGAUUAUGGUACCGCGGAUAAUUUCCUGUACCAACUGCACCCGGACAAGUUUCUCGAGGCUGCGCGUGUGGCUGGGCAUGAUGAGGUACAGGUACGAGUAAGGAAGCAGGAAGGGUACGAUCAUAGCUACUACUUCAUAUCAACAUUUGCAUCAGACCAUAUUCACUUCCAUGCCAACUUCCUGAAAGCGUAAGCUGUACGGAGAAGGCAAGAAGCUGUUCGAAUGGAGAUGAUGAUAAGUGGGCGUCAGUGUAAUGGACGGCUUACUAUACAAGUACCGCACUAGUGAUCCUGAGAAAUGGUCAGAAGCUUGAUGCUGGACUGUCAGGAUAACGGGCGUGCCUACUAAGGGUGCCGAAGACGGCCGAGUGUGGGGAAAAAGUGAGACGGUUUCCCGUUAGUUCCAAAUGGAGAGGUUACUUUGGAAAGAUUGCAAGUAGACGGCCGCACAGCGCCGUUCACUGCGGUGCUCACGAAUAGCCGUUGCGAAGGAGAUAUGAUGAGCAGAUUUUAUUUCCUUGUGGAUGAGGCAUGUAAGGAAAAUGUAAGUAGGUGGUGGUAGUGGUGGUAGUAGUAGUUGUAGUUAGAGAGGAAAGCAAAUAG